AGAUCUAAAAUUGCAGUGUUUGAUAAAAUGUGGACCUAUAUGAAAAGUGCAGAACCAUCUGUGUUUGUGAGGACUACAGCAGAAGGGGUAGCUCGAGUACGGAAGUCCAAAGGAAAAUAUGCCUACUUGCUGGAGUCAACCAUGAAUGAGUACAUCGAACAAAGGAAACCCUGUGAUACCAUGAAAGUUGGUGGGAAUUUGGAUUCCAAAGGCUACGGCAUCGCCACACCUAAAGGAUCCUCAUUAAGAACCCCAGUAAAUCUUGCAGUAUUGAAACUCAGUGAGCAAGGCGUCUUAGACAAGCUGAAAAACAAAUGGUGGUACGAUAAAGGUGAAUGUGGAGCCAAGGACUCUGGAAGUAAGGAGAAGACCAGUGCCCUCAGUCUGAGCAACGUGGCAGGAGUCUUCUACAUUCUCGUCGGGGGACUUGGUUUGGCAAUGCUGGUGGCUUUGAUUGAAUUCUGUUACAAGUCAAGAGCCGAAGCAAAACGAAUGAAGAUGACCUUGAAUGAUACCAUGAGGAGCAAGGCAAGGCUGUCAAUUACAGGAAGUACUGGAGAAAAUGGACGUGUUAAGACUCCAGAAUUUCCAAAAGCAGUGCAUGCAGUACCUUAUGUGAGUCCUGGCAUGGGAAUGAAUGUCAGUGUGACUGAUCUCUCGUGAUUGAUAAGAACCUUUUGAGUGCCUUACACAAUGGUUUUCUUGUGCGUUUAUUGUCAAAGUGGUAAGAGGCAUCCAGUAUCUUGAAGACUUUUCUUUCAGCCAAGAAUUCUUGUAUUUGUGGAGUUCAUCUUGGAUUGCAACGAAUGCUUAGUUGAAAACACAACACCAUUUUCUACACAAGUUCAAGAUGAAGCUUGACUGACAUGCACAGCUAACAUGGAAGUACUGUAAUCUAACUGAAGUCGUUGUACAGGCAACACACCAGUUUCUGCAGCCACCGUUGUUAGUCCCUUGGUUCAUAUUGACUUAAGCACACUUGACAUCAACUGCAUCAAGAUGUGACAUGUUUUAUAAGAAAAAAAAAAAAAAAAACAACACAUUUAAAAUGAAAAAAAAAUAUUUUUAGGUAUUUUCACAAACAAAAACUGGCUUUUAAAUAAAUUUGCUUCCAUAAUGGUUGAAUAUGACAAAAGAAAACAAGAACAAAAAUAAGAAAAAAGAAAUCUAGACUGCGUGGAAGUGGAAUAUGAAAAUAAGGCUUAAGGCGUCAGCUCCAUAUUUUUUUCAAGCCAAAUAUGUAAUGUUGAGAAGAAAUAAUUAUUAAAAGGUUCAAAUCUUGUAAUUUAAUAUUGUUAUUAAAACUUUGCUGUAUAUCCUAUACUUUAACAUUUGGUGUUAAUAUAAAAUUACUUGGCAAUGCUUGACAUUUGAAAUAAACUUUUUUCUAUGGUUUUAUUUGCAAGUGUUCCAUUAAUUUUACUAGCUACAGUUGGGUUAUAAAGAGUUUGAAAUCUAAAAGGACACUGUCAAGGUUGGGUCAAUGUUUUAGGUUUGUCAGUGUCGCCACCUCCAGCUCACUUGAAUCUGUUCAACGUUUUUUUCUACAGAUGAGCCCAAGCUGUGAUGUUCAGAUACACAUUUUGAACUCUGAAGGUCAAGAUUGUUCUGGAUUGGAGUGGUACUUGAUACCAGCACAAGAGGAGUCAGAUAGGUGCUGAUUUAGAGCUCCUCUUAACUCUGACGUACAGGGACUUAUGAUCCAAAGAUUUGGUUCAUAGCUAUCUCUACUUUUAUACAAUUGCGUUCAUAAAUACAUGUAUAGAGAGAGAAGAUCAUCAGUAAGAAUUGAUAAAUGGCAAACAGUAAAACAGUGUUAAAUAUUUCUUUUAAAGUGUGAAACAUAUGCAGUUCUCAAAUUGUUCCUUUAAGGAAGCCGUUUUCAAAUUGUUAAAAGGUAAUUCUAAGCAGUAGCUAGUAAAGUUCUUUGUUAUGAAAAAAAAAAAAAAAGCAACCAAAACCUUGGCAAUGUCUUUUUGAAUUAAGAUUGAUAAUAACUCAAGUUAGAUGCAAGUCUGUACUGAUGAAAAUAGAAGAACUUUCCUGAAUCUUAAUCACUAUGAAUAUUCUUAGCUAUUUGAAGUUACCAUAUGUUUUAAUUAUUUGUAUUUAAAAAUUAUAACUCUACUUAGAAAGCAAAAAGGAAUCCUAGGAGGGGUGCAAUAACAUUAAUUUAAAUGCUGAUGCAAAUCAAAGCAACAUCAUGUUUCUCUAGCUUUCCCUGUAGAUAAAAUUCUGUACCUUUGGUUGAAAAGUGUACAUUUUUCUGCAUUGUGGAUACAUUGCCUCAUGCAGUAUCAGUAAAUCUCUCUUAUUUUGGACUUAAAUAAAAUUUGAAAUGUGACUUGCAGUUUUAGUUGGAAUCCAUUUCUUAGGCUUAAGCAAAAUGUUUACUGAACAUUGGAGAAUACAGAGCGUUUACCAGAAACUUGAAACCCCUUCUUGUGGCUCAAGCUCUGACCCUGUUUCUGCAAGCAUGUGAACACAGUGUAUACUCUCAGUGCAGUCAGCGAGAGAGGUAUAUACAGUGUUUUUAAUAGCAAACUUACUAGUAACUUCCCCCUAAUUGAAAUAAACCAUUUCUUGACAUGUCUGUAAUCCAUAGUUGUUCUGUGCAUUACUCCUCAUCAGGAAUGUUGGGGAAUGCAUUCUGAUUUUUAAUGUUCAAUGCUAGAAUGACCAAACUAAAAUAGGAUUCAUAUGGUAAUCUAAACUUUUUGAAAAAGUAGAAUUGCAUUACUGUAUACAGUGGAAAGCUAUUUAUUGUACCUCUGGGCUUACUCCUCUAAAACUCAUAGUGUAAAAAAAAAAAAUCUUUGUCAAGCCUGAACUGAUGUAUAUAACUGAAAUAAUGUAAAGUUAUAUUUUCAUGUUUUUAUACUUAACAACAUGAUGGGAACACAUGAUGUAUGAGUAUUUCAAUUACAGAUAAUAUUGAUUGGAUAAUACUCAUCUCAGUUAAAAAGCAGUAACCAUCGUUUAAUAUCCAUGUUACAGUACAUCAGUAUAUUGCUAUAUAAAGUAUGUCUGUGUGCAUUUAAGUGAAAAGUAGUCAAGAGUGAUGAAAGCUGUCCAAGGGUUUUUUAUUCAUUUUAUAUGAAAACUGUUAUGGAGCAACCAAAAUGUUUAUGAACUCAAACUUGUGUAAAUUUCAAAAUGUCCUUUUACUGUAGCUUUUUGUUUACAGUACGGUAUCUUAUUUUCUGCUUUGUUAAACGAGUAACUAUACAAAGGUGGACAUACACUUUCUAAGACAUUAACGUUCCCGUUUUUUCAUGUAUACCUAUAUGGCAGAAAAUGCUUCUGAUUUUAUUUUUCAAUCUAACACAUGAUGGCUUUUCUGGAGUGUUGUAUAAACUUCAAUCAUACAUAAAAAAAAUCUUCUUAAAAAAGGCAAAAGA